UACUGUGACAGUCAAGAUGCCUGACGGCGGUGCACAGGAAGGGAAAGAGUUUAAAGAAGCAGACCUGCUCCAGAUGAACCCCCCUAAGUACGACAAGAUUGAAGACAUGGCCAUGAUGACCUACCUGAAUGAAGCUACUGUGUUGUAUAACCUCAAAGAGCGUUAUGCAGCAUGGAUGAUCUAUACCUAUUCUGGACUCUUCUGUGUCACGGUAAACCCUUACAAGUGGCUCCCUGUGUAUGAUGCAGAAGUUGUUGCCGCUUAUAGAGGGAAGAAGAGAGUGGAGGCUCCACCCCAUAUCUUCUCUGUCUCUGACAACGGCUUUCAAUUCAUGCAAAUAGAUAAGGAGAACCAGUCCGUCUUGAUUACUGGAGAAUCCGGUGCAGGAAAGACUGUCAACACCAAGCGUGUAAUCCAGUACUUUGCCACCAUUGCAGUGUCUGGUGGUGAGAAGAAAAAGCAAGACCCUGGCAAAAUGCAGGGGUCUCUUGAGGAUCAGAUCAUUGCAGCUAACCCUCUGCUAGAGGCUUAUGGUAAUGCCAAGACUGUGAGAUCCGAGAGGGCCGACCACGUGCAUUUCGGCCUACUCAACACCGGUAUGAGCCACGUGAAUAUGCUAACCUCGGACGAGAGGGAUAUCGUCGACGACCCGGAAGUAGUGGGGACCGGUCCUAUUCUUGGAGAAGAACAACAGAUAACUACCGCCGACCAGAACGCCGUCCUGCCAGUCGGAACCGGGGGGUACGUAAUCGACAACAGGGGCGACGGGGGUCGACAAACAGAGACCCGCCGUCUGAUAAGACCACCAGUACAGACCCUGAUUUAA